AUGUUCUUUCUUAUAAUAUCAUUUGUUUUAUACGUCAAUGCUUGUUUUGGACAUAGUUUAAUUAAUAGUCAAUCGUUCCCAUUUAUCAAAGAAACUAUUGCAACUCAAUCUGUGCAAACCGAUCCUGAUGAUCCAGCUAUAUGGAUUCAUCCAAAUCAAGUUGAACUUAGUCUUAUUAUUGGUACAGAUAAAACAGCCCGAAUAGGUGGACUAUAUGUUUUUGAUUUGAAUGGUAAAAUUAUUCAACAUAUUUCAAAUCUUGAUCGACCUAAUAAUGUUGAUGUUGAAUACGGUUUUAAAAUAAAUGAAACAUAUUCUAUAGAUGUAGUUGUUGUUACAGAGCGUAAAAAACAACGUUUACGUAUUUUUUCAGUUAAUAUUCGUUCACGUCAGUUAUAUGAAAUAACUGGAUCAAAUACUUAUGUAUUUAUUGAUAGUAAUGGACAUGAAGCAGCACCAAUGGGUAUUGGUUUAUAUAAACGAGCAGAUGAUAAGAAAAUUUAUGCUAUUGUCAGUCGAAAAUCUGGUCCUAGACAAGAUUAUCUCGGUCAAUAUGAAUUAAUAUGGAAUAGAGACUCAAUAGAUUUAAAAUUUAUUCGUUAUUUUGGUAAUUCUCAAGGAUCAGAAAUUGAAUCAAUUGUAGUUGAUGAUCAACUUGGAUUUAUAUAUUAUUCUGAUGAAGGAUAUGGUAUUCGUAAAUAUAAUGUUGAUCCAAACACAGAUCAAAAUGAACAAAUUAGUUUUAUCAAUACAACUAAUAUAUGGCAAGGUGAUUCCGAAGGACUUGCUUUAUAUACAACAUCAGAUAAAAAUGGAUAUUUAAUAAUAACAGAUCAAUUAGAACAUGGAACUAUAUUUCAUAUAUAUGAACGUCAAGGAACAAAUUCUUAUAUAAAAUCAAUAAAAACACGUGCUGUUAAUACAGAUGGUAUAGAAGCAACAAGUAAUUCAUUAAAUGCAAAUUUUCCUCAUGUGUUUAUUAUGUUCAAUUAA